AUUACAACAUGAUUGAGGAUGUAAAUAAACCCGUUGUCUCUGUAGCAUUUUUGGAAUAAUACCCUGUGCGGCUGCAGAAAAACAUUUAACUAUUUUAAAUAACUUCGCUAAACCCCCUGGACAAGCUAAAGGAGCGCUGCGCGACUGAAAAAAAAUAUAGAAUAGUCCCAAUCACAGCCACAAGCUGCUUCUGAGCGUGAGAGGACCGAGCAAAGCUCCGUGCGCUUUUCUCUCCCUCUCCCUCUCCCUCUCUCUCUCUCUUUCUCUUUCUCUCUCUUUGCUCUCCAAAGUCUCUGACACAUAGCAGCCAUCUGAGAGUGCAGUGGCGAGUUCAGGCGCAUUCACUGAGAUGUGACCCAUGUUGAGAGCGCGCAGCAGCAGCCUUCCUCCAAAAUGUGCCCGUGCGACUCACCCGGGUCGAAGCCGGGCUCGAGACCGCCGGGCUCUCUCGCUGAGGCCGGGAAGCUCUUCCUGAAGCACACCACCCUGCAUGGCUUAAGACACAUCUUCCUCAGCGGCUCCUACCCGCGGAGGGUAGCGUGGCUGCUGGCAUUCCUAGCGGCUCUGGCUCUGCUCUUCACCUGGUCCUCGAACAGAGUGCGGUACCUGCUCUCCUCUCCGGUCUACUCCAAGGCGCACAUGGUUUACGCGAAGAGGCUCGUUUUCCCCGCCGUCACCAUCUGCAACCAGAACCUGCUGCUGCCCCGGCGCAUGAAGAAGACGGACAUAUUCAGCGCGGGGAGGUGGCUUGGACUUUUUGGGAGGAACUGGCAGGUGUCACCCGCAGCGAGAGAGGCGCUUACACCUCUGAGGGGGGAAGGAGGAGAGAGCACGGGGGAAGAGCCGCCUUGGUCACCACUCUCACGGAUUUUGGACUUUAACCACUUUCUUCCACCUCCGCGGGAGUCCCAGCCGUCCAUGCGGCAGCUGCUGGACCGGCUUGGACACCAGCUGGAGGAGAUGCUGCUGUACUGCCGCUACCAGGGAGAGCUGUGCGGGCCGCGCAAUUUCAGCACCAUAUUCACACGCUAUGGGAAGUGCUACACCUUUAAUUCUGGCCAAGAUGGGCGACCCCUCCUGGUGACGAUGAAGGGCGGGAUGGGGAACGGCCUGGAGCUGAUGUUGGACAUCCAGCAGGAUGAAUACCUUCCUGUAUGGGGAGAGACUGACGAGACAUCGUUUGAAGCGGGGAUCAAAGUUCAGAUCCACACCCAGGAUGAGCCGCCGUUCAUUGAUCAGCUGGGCUUUGGAGUGGCGCCGGGGUUUCAGACCUUCGUCUCCUGUCAGGAACAACGGCUGACGUACUUGCCUCCACCGUGGGGGGACUGCAAGGCCACGCCGAUGGACUCAGACUUCUUCAACACUUACAGCAUCACAGCCUGCCGGAUCGACUGUGAGACACGAUACCUGGUGGAGAACUGCAACUGCAGGAUGGUCCACAUGCCUGGAGAUGCUCCAUACUGCACCCCAGAGCAAUACAAGGAGUGUGCGGAUCCUGCCUUAGACUUUCUGGUCGAGAGGGACAACGACUACUGUGUGUGCGAGACGCCGUGCAACAUGACGCGCUAUGGUAAAGAGAUGUCCUUUGUCAAGAUACCGAGCAAAGCCUCAGCUAAGUACCUCGCCAAGAAGUUCAACAAGACGGAGCAGUACAUCUCUGAUAACAUUUUGGUUCUGGAUAUCUUCUUUGAAGCGCUGAACUACGAAACAAUCGAACAAAAGAAAGCCUACGAGUUGGCAGGCCUUCUGGGUGAUAUUGGAGGUCAGAUGGGACUUUUUAUCGGAGCCAGCAUCCUCACAAUUCUCGAACUCUUUGACUAUCUAUAUGAGGUGAUCAAGUACAAGCUGUGCCGAUGCAUGAAGAAGAAACACAAAGGCCGCAACAACAACGACAGGGGAGCUGUGCUGAGCCUGGAUGAUGUGAAACACCAUACUCCUUGUGAGAACCUGCGUACACCAUCGACAUAUCCCGGCAACAUGCUACCUCAUCACCCAGGCCAGGGCAACUUUGAAGACUUCACUUGCUGAGCAGACGCCGGUGAAGCAACAAAGUGCGCGUUAUGCAACCAAAGCGAACAACACAAGAAGAACUUAUCCAACACAGGGGAGCGUGAGGAACUGAUACAAAGUCUAACAAAGGCACUUUUUACUUAGAAACGAGAGUAAAGCAGACAAAUCAAAAAAAAAGAUAGACACGGUAGAAGAACUUCUACCCAGGGCAAAGCUGAGAGGAAAUUUCAAAAUAUCAAAAUAUCUGUUCAUUUUUCCAGCAAACUUUUCAAGCAGUGCUCUUCUAUCUCUGUGUUUUUUUUUCUCUGGAAUACUGCCGAUAAGGAUGCUCGAGGAGAAACCUCGCCAACAAGGACCUCUCUUUCAAAAAGACCGAAACAAUAAAAGAUCAAAAUAACCAAGGGAACAUGUACAGUUAUCUCACCACAGAUCAGAAGAAGAGCCCCCCAUGCCUUUAUAUAACAACCACAACACAAACUGGUUUUACACAACCCAGGACAAAGAUCCUCUCUGCUUACUCCACUGUACUUGUAGCAACAUCUGUAACUGUUGCAGCGCUCUGUAAAACAACAAGCCGGAGUCUGUGUCGUUUGUACAAGAAUGUAUCUAUGUGUGCGAUGAGUGUAGUCGGGUGUGCAGGGACGUUUUUCGAUGGGAUGGAGGUGCGUUAUCUACCGUUUGAAAUGUACUGGUGAAGAUUUCAGGUCUCAUCAUGUAAAUGCAUGCUCGUAUUUGUCAAGUGCAUGUUUUUUUCAUUUAUCAUUUAUGAUUUUCAUUUUAUUUUUUAAAUAUCAAUAUAUAAAUAUUAUAAUGACCAAGUUUGCCUCAAUGAUAUACAGGAAAAAGGAGGAUGAUACAUCCCAUAUAUUUCUGUGUAUGAGUGUAGCUACGCAGUGUGUGUGAGUGUUCAUGGGUGCCUACAUCCAAGCAGGAACAGAGGAGCGUUUUGAUUGUGUGAAUGGAUGAGCUGCCACUAAUUUUCAUUUCUCAUCUCUUCUUUUUCUUUUCUUCUUCUUUUUUUUUUUUUUAUGCAUUCCACAUGUGCCCGAUGAGUCGAGGAGUCUUCAUCCAUUCCCUCUUAUCUCGACUACGUGCUGAGGUGACGGGAGAAUCGUUUUUCUUCUUUUCCAGGAGAGAGUUGAUUGCUGAAAUCUUUGGGAGUUUCGUGGGGCUGUUACGAUUUUUUCUGUAUCUGUGUUCUAGUUGCAAACGUCUUAUCAAAGCACAAUACCGCCAGUAUGUAGAGGUGAUGUAAAAGACAACGUACUAUUCUUCUUGAUAUAUUGUCAUAUUAUUAAUGUCGUGUUGAUCCGACUGGUUUUUGGGUUUAUUUUUUUCUUUUCAUAUAAAAGCAUACUCAAUAUUGCCUGAUAAUCCUUCUUCCAGGUAAUAGGCUGGUCUAUUUAGUUAUCAAAAAUCAUAAAUAAAAUGUAAAUAUCAUUUUGGAAAUUGUUAUUCUUCUGGGGUUUUAUUCUAAUCAGUGGAUUUUCCUCUCUGAUGCCUUUGUCUGUGUGUCUGGUUGAAGAGGUAAACACAUUCAAAUCACUGUAUUUUUCAACUGCAGAAACUGUGCAAAUGCUCAUUUCUAUCAUACGUAGCUCCGAGAAUAUCUUAUUAAGUAUUCUCCCCUCAUCUGAGACAUUUUCUUAUCUUUGUUUUUUCUAAUCAACAUGUUAUCUUCUGUGUGUUUCUUGGAAUUAAAUCAGCAUUAGGCAAGUGGGGCUUCGGGGGGCAGGAGAGGAGCCUGGUGUUCAAAAUAGAAAUUACUUAUCUAUUCCCAACAUUCGUUGUGCUGCAGUUCAACCGCCGCAAAGCAACCAAAUUGGUGUUUUGGAGCUCCCUUGAAAUGUAAUUACAGUUUCUGCUGCUGUUUGACAAAAGGAUGGAUGAGAAAUAUCCUGCACAAGUUUCAUCAAGAUUGUCAGUCAGCGAGCAGACGCACAUUACGGACGGCUCGUCUCGUAUUCUACUGUACAUCUGGUGCUGCCAACUGCCACACUUGUAUCAGAGAAGCAGCUCAGUGAUGCGUGACUCUGAAUAUCAGAGCUCGGUUGUACUUUCUUAAAAAUGGUCUGCCUGCAAAAUUGUCUUUGUGGCUCGGUCAGCCGCACAUUAGUCCACCGUGCACAGAAGGGUUAUUCUAGGACGAGGAGUUUACUUAAGCUGUAUCAUUUUUUUAUGAUUACUUUUUGCAGGGAACCAAACAUCAUUGUUAAUCUACUGUGAGAGUGAAUUCAACAUUUAUCAUUUAACGGAGAAACCUCGGUUGCAUUAAUAUACAAGUGUUAAAGCUGCCGGGAACCAGCUCCACCAUCUGAUGAAGAUUUUCUUUCUCCCUGUUUUGAAUGAUUGAAACCUGAUUUUGCCCCCUGAUGGUUUUAUUACUUUCUGUCUGUACCUGCCAAGAAGACAAAUUAAUCAAAAAUAAAAGACGAUGCUGUUCA